CCCAGUCCCACAUGCCAGCCACGGCCCUCGAACGAAACUCCAGGCUUCUGCCGCACUCUCUCCCGCGAUUCGAAACCAAAACCCUCGCCAUCCCAUUCCCCUCCCUCUCCGGAGCUGCGAGCAGAGGGCGGCGGCGGCGUGAGGCGGAGGGCGCGGAACGAAUUGGGGAUCCUGCAGCGAGGAGCCCGAUUCCACAGGUCAACCCAGGCGUACCGGUGCAGAUUUCGGGGCUAGGUAUCCACCGUCGUGCAGCUUAACGCCGAGCCCCGACCACAAGGAUCUGUUGUUCUUCAGCUAGUGAGCACCGAGCUUGGCUUGCAAGCGCAGCUCACUGGUUCUGAUCAUGGAUGCCAAUUCUGUCGGCACUGAUGUAUCUGCUGAUCAUGUCAUUGCCGAGUUGCUUGAGAUGGGGUUUGAGUUCGACAAGAUCAGCGAAGCCAUUGGGGUUGUCGGUCCAUGCCGUGCUGACGUGGUGGAGUUUCUGCUGAAUGGUUCUGGUAGUGUACAAAGAAAGUCAGGUGGGGGGUCACAAAGACGCUCUUCUGACAGGAGUGCUAGACUGGCUAAUCCCAGGGGGAAAUUGAAGCAGUCUAGCAUUACUGAUCAUAUCGCGUCAACCACUGGCAGUAAAACCGAGUCUUGUGGCGAGGAGCCAAGUACCUCAUAUUCUUGUUUAGCGGCCAACAUGAACCCUGCAUCAACUGCUGCUAUCUGUUUAAAACCAAAGCCUGAACAUCAGAUUUUGGUUGAUGAUCCUAGAGGCGAGUUUGACCGGACCGACAAAAUUAGUGCUAUUUUGCAAAAGCAUUUUGGAUUCUCCUGUGUGAAGAAUUUCCAAAAGGAAGCCUUGGAUGCUUGGUUUGCUCACAAGGAUUGUCUUGUUCUAGCAGCAACUGGAUCAGGGAAGUCCCUUUGCUUUCAGAUUCCAGCUCUUUUGACUACGAAGGUUGUGGUGGUGAUCUCACCCUUGAUUAGUCUGAUGCACGACCAGUGCCUAAAACUUGCAAAACAUGGGAUAUCGGCAUGCUUCCUUGGAUCAGGGCAACCAGAUAAUCGUGUUGAGGGCAAAGCGAUGGCUGGCAUGUAUAAGAUUAUUUAUGUUUGCCCCGAGACAGUUUUAAGACUGAUGGAACCAUUGAAGAAACUUGCAGAAAAACCAGGGAUUGCACUUUUUGCCAUUGACGAGGUUCAUUGUGUUUCUAAAUGGGGUCACGAUUUCCGACCCGACUAUAGGAAACUAUCUGUGCUUCGACAAAAUUUCUGUUCCAGCAAAUUGAAGUUCUUGGAACAUGAUAUUCCUUUGAUGGCAUUGACUGCUACUGCAACUCUCCCAGUACGAGAAGACAUUCUUAAGUCCUUGAAAAUGUCAGGACAUACAGUGGUUGUCUUGACGUCCUUUUUCCGACCAAACCUUCGAUUUAAUGUAAAGCACAGUAAAACCUCUGCCUCAUCAUAUGGAAAGGACUUUCAAGAACUAAUAGGGACUUACAACGCUUCAAGGAAUUUCAGGGGGAAAAGCCAGAAAAUUCUUCAUGAAGUUGAGCCUGAGUCUGAAAGCAGCUCAUACGAGUCACUAGACGAUAGUGCAUCAGAUGACGAAGAUGCAAUUUCUGAUAAAACUGAACUUGCCAAGUCUUUCGUAAAAGAAAAUGCUGAACAUGAGCUGGAUCAGUAUCCAGGAGUAGAUGAUUUUGAUGUUUCAUGUGGAGAGUUCCUUGAAAGCUCGCGACCUGAGAGCUUUGCAUUUCCUGUUCAAUCCGUUGAAACUAGCUCAUCAGAAAGUUUGGAUCAAGGUCCUACAAUUGUUUAUGUACCCACGAGGAAAGGAACUGUGGAACUGGCUAACUAUCUGGGCAAAUCAGGCCUCAAAGCUGCAGCGUAUAAUGCAAAGAUGCCUAGAUCACAUUUGAGGCAGGUGCACGAGCAGUUCCAUAGCAAUGCCUUAGAGGUUGUUGUGGCUACUAUAGCAUUUGGCAUGGGAAUCGACAAAUCAAAUGUCAGAAGAAUUAUUCACUACGGUUUACCGCAGAGUUUGGAAGCGUAUUAUCAAGAAGCUGGUCGUGCUGGUAGAGAUGGAAAGUUGUCAGAUUGCACUUUAUAUUGUAAUUCCAUGAGAACACCGACACUGCUUCCUAACAAAAGAAGCGACGAACAGACAAGGGCAGCAUAUAGAAUGCUACGGGAUUGCUUUCACUAUGCUUUGAACACUUCAACAUGUAGAGCCAAAAUACUAGUAAAGUACUUUGGUGAGGAAUUUGGUUCCGACGGAUGCGAAAUGUGUGACGUCUGUAUUAAUGGCCCUCCUGAAAUGCAUGAUUUCAAGGAAGAAGCAGUUGUGUUCAUGAAUGUGCUCCAAGCUCAAGCUGGACAGGCAACUGAAGGCAUGGACUACAACAGUACAGACUGUUAUACAUCUGGAAGGCGAAAUAUUGGGGCGGUGCCUGAUUUCAGAAUGGCAGUCAGUUAUAUAAGAGAGAAGAUUCCUAGGUUUGCCAUGACAGACAAGAUAUGGUGGCAAGGGCUUGCUCGUAUUUUAGAGGACAUGGGAUACAUACAGGAAGCAGCUGAAAUUCCUCGUGUUCUAAUCCAGCAUCCAGAGCUGACAAGAGCUGGAUUAAAUUUUCUGAGUUUACAACCAGACGAGGAAGGCUUAUAUGCAUACCCUGAUGCCGCUACAUUACUGGCGAUUAGUAACCCAAAGUCCUUCUCUUCCUCCUCGGAGUGGGGCAGGGGUUGGGCAGAUCCUGAGAUACGCCGCCAGCGUCUUGCAGGCAGAACGGGAAGAAGGAAAAGGAAGAGGGGCUCUCGGAAGCAGCCCACAGGUUUCACCACUGCAAAAGAAAGACUAUCAGCAAUACUGUCAAAGUCGAAACGCAGAAGGUAACACGAGGGGUGAUAAGAUCAUGAGAUGACAAAACUAUUCAUUGGAGCUUGAGAUGAAAUAAUCACAUACAGCGAAGUUCAAGUUCACUUCUGAAGCAGUUUUUUUCCGGCAGCAGGCAGGCACAUGCUGCUAAAUCUAACACAGUCGUUGUUCAGACCGUCAUACUUGUUUGGAGAUCUGUUGGGUUUUAUAUUUACUUGGAGAUUGCCUACUAAUCAGUUGAUUUCACAGGUUUACUCUCUAGUGUUAGUUUUAAGUGUUGUAAAUUCUGCAUGGUUUCUCAUUAGGGUAACUAUUGCAAUACAAAUGAAUGAGGUUAGAGGUCACUAUUUUGGCAGCCCAGGCUCAGUCUGAACGUCGAGACACUGAUUUUUUAUUUUGACGAGAAUUUCUUCAUCA